CCCGCUAACACCCCGCGAAAUCCACCUGCGGCCGCACGGGUCCCGGGAUUACCGUCACUUCAUCCGCCGAGGAUUAAGAACACUUUAACUCCGCGACUCUUCUGUCCCGAAGACUUAGCGGUAAAGAGCGAUUGUAAAAUCCGCGGCUUUGGCAGCCAGAUGUGCUCUCUGCUGUGGCUCCCGAUACAGGAGGAACUAAGCUCGCCUUCAGCACAGCCACCGCUCCUUGUGUCACAACACGCGACCAGCGGGCAAAACUAACCCUCCAAACGUGAUAAUGGGCCAUUUCUUCCACACCUGGCAGUUGUAGCCCGGCUGGGAUAGGAAACGGCGGGAGCGGCCGUACAUCUGCACCACGCUGAGAGAGACCGGGCCACUGCCGGGUGAUCGGGGGGAUCUAAUUGGUACGGCUCCCUGUAUCGUCUGUCCUUAUCUUAGUGAUUGCUUCCGCGGGGAAAACAAUUUCGGCCUGAUGACGAGUACUUGACUGAAGCCUGCUGCUGGGAGAGGCGAUUUGGGGAGAGAAAGUUGUCGGUCACACGUCGUACAGUACGAUGGAGACGAGAGCGACCUCGCCAUGUGUGGGCCGUGCGUACGGGAGAUGAGGAGACACCAUUCCGUCGGCUUCGGUGAGCAUCUUACGGUAAUCAUCGGCAUCGACAAAGCGCUCUCUACUCCCUGAUUGACCCGCAAAUAGACACAUCAAGGGGAAAAUGAGUUCAGGCUUCGACAAGAUGUUCCGCACCCUGCGCCUGAGUGUGGUGUUUGCCAUCGCCUCCCUAUCAGUUGGCGCCAGCGAGUCGGACAUCGGACUAACCCUGCCCAGCACGGUAAACACCAUCGCGGGGGACCAAGUCACGCUUCCCGCUACCUACACCACCAGGCGGAGAGUCAUGGCGAUCACGUGGCACAAAAUGGACGCCAAGACCACGGAAAGGACGCUGAUCUACUCGUACUACCCGCAGGAGGACGCCCGCGAGUCGUUCGGACCGUACAUCGGCAGGACCAACCUUGUCGGAAAGGCCUCGCUGACGAUCAGCCCGACUACGCCCGACGACGAGGGCAAAUACGUGGUGAUGAUUCUGGCCAAGGGCGCCGGCAGCGCCGAAGGUGUCGUAAAACUCUCCGUCAUGGUUCCUCCCACGGUGAGAGUCGGUCCCCUGGAGAAUUACGUCAUCUCCUUCGGGCGCACGGCGUCCCUGCAGUGUGUGGUGACGGGAGCCAAGCCUAACAUCACGCUGCUGUACUGGGAGAAGGACGGCCUCAGGAUCAGUACGUCCAGGUACAGUAGGAAGUAUUCGGGAGGGACUUUGGACAAUCCAAACCUGAGGAUCAGUCACGUGACCAGAGAGGAUGCCGGGAAGUACUCCUGCCUUGUGCAACAUCCAGUUUCAAACAUCAAAGCCACGAUGAAGAUGAAAGUACUUUACCCAGCAUCUAUAAUCAGUAUCUCUGAGUCCGUGACGGCCAUGGUGUCAGACACCGUCACCAUACAGUGUGUGGCCGACGGCGACCCCACACCGAACAUCACGUGGUCUAAGAACGGGAGGCGCCUGCGCAGUCAGUCCAGCGUGAUGUCACGUGACGUGGUGGUGGCGUCUGUCCGUGUGUCAAAGGUCAGGGUGAACGACAGCGGGACUUAUCUGUGUAAGGCGAACAACGGUGUGGGGGGAGACAGCACAAAGUCACUCACUCUAACUAUACAGCAACUGAAACGUCGAGUACCGUUCUCCACCCUAGCGGUGAUAGUCGGCGCCACUGCCGGCGGACUGUGGCUAGUCGUGUGUGUCGGCUUCGCUAUCUACUGUGCCAGGCGGAGAAAGCGGGAAAAGGAGAAGAAAAAGUUUGCAUUCUAUUACAACAUCGGCCGCAGGCAGCCUGGGGUGGGAGAUACCACAACCGAAGACGACAAGGAGCCACCUCCAUACUCUGCGAUGCCAGCGAAACCAGACAACAAGGCGUCAAGCUACGGCGGUAUCAAUACUAUCAGGAAGUCCAUUGGGAGGAAAGACAGAAGAUAUGCCCGAGCCAUGUUCGCCUAUCGUCCGAGAGAGGACAAUGAGUUGCCCUUGGAGACGGAUGACGUCAUCGAGGUGUUGGAGGGGGAAGAUGGCGGCUGGUGCCUGGGUUACCUGAGGGGCAGGAUAGGCCUGUUCCCCUCUAACUACGUCAAGUUUGUGACCACAAGUGAAGUUCUGGCCAUGAAAUCCGGCGCGACGUGCCAGAUGGUGGCCCUACAGGAGACGGUGGGCUCCAAGAGAUCCAUCUGACGACUCCGCUAGCUGCCGGACACGUGCUCAGCACCCUCAUACGAUUCCACGCGCGUCGACAGAACUCACGUUCCCGCGGGGGACACCUCGAACGGCCGCGCACUGACAGGGAAUCUGAUGGAUGUUGGCAGGCUAGCCCGAGCACUGGAGAUUGAGGUGUAAUCUCGCCCGCUGCGGUGCCAAGGGUUCCGUACGUACGUGAGAAUCACCUCAAAUAACACACCGUCCACUAGAUCGGGCGCGGGGGGAUCUACUCACUCAGUCAUCUAAAUGGAAUAGCUUCACUACACAUAAUCUAGUUUGUAAAGAGAGAGGAGAUUUUAGAUGGCAAGUGCAGUGCGAGGACUGUCACAUUGGUUCUAUAUAGAUUGCACUGAAUUUCACCGCGAGUAUUAGAGCUUAUAUUUUUGCUAGCACCAUGCAUCUCUUUGUGGUGAUUUUGUCUAGAACACGUCCCCAACGCACGUUACGCGGCCGCGCUCCGUUUACACCAUUAUUACAGCUUGUCGUGUGGGGAAGAAUAUUGAAUUUCGAGUCCAUCAGAGUGUAGCAAAAUAUAUUUACCAUCAAGGGUGCGAUGGGAUUGUGUCUAAAGGUCUUUGAUAGUUUCUCUGCGGACGGAAUCCUCAUCUACCUGCCAUGAUAGACUAACUGACCUACACACGGAUCCCGACGAGCGGUUCAGGAUAUUAUCUGCAAAUGUCAGACGGCACAUCUUUGGUAGUAGUUUGAUGUUUGAGACGCUUGGACAGAUAUUGGAAGUUCACUUCGUCCAUCUAUCAUAUAAU